AUGGCGACUAAAAAGACGCUGCUGCUGUGCUUUAUCCACGGCUUUAGAGGCGGCAACUUGACAUUUGGCGAAGACUACCAGUUUACAGAACACCUUCGAUAUAAUGUUGCACAGAGCUUGCCUGAUAUUACCAUCAAGUCACUGGUUUACCCGCGGUAUGAGACGAAAGGAGAUCUAGGAGAAUGCGUCAGCCGCUUUCGCAACUGGCUAGAGGAAAAAGUGAUAGAUAUGGAAGUUGACGCAGGUACUCCUUCACCCACUGUUGACCCGUCAGUACGUGUGAUCCUGGUCGGCCACUCUAUGGGCGGCAUCGUAGCCGUUGAAACCGUCCUUGGUAUUGCGGCAGAGAAGCCCAUAUACUCCGAAGAUGGCGUUGAAAAGAGCGAGAUACUCGAACUCAACAGUCUUCUCUUUCCAUAUGUCCAGGGCGUACUGGCGUUUGAUACGCCAUAUCUGGGAAUAGCCCCGGGUGUCGUCGCCCACGGCGCAGAGAGCCAUUACAACACUGCUGCCUCCACCAUAUCACAGCUGAGCGGGCUCGGUGCUACAUUAUGGGGAGCCAAUGCAGCAAAUAAGACAGUGAAAGCUGCUCCUGCGGCAGCCCCUGCUGCAUGGUCUAAAUGGAGCAAGGUGGCCAUGGUUGCUGGCGCUGCUGGAGCUGUUGCGGCAGGCGGUGCGGCGGCUUGGAUGAACAGAGACAAUAUUGCGCAGGGCUGGACUUGGGCCUCUUCACAUCUCGAAUUCGUUGGGUGUCUGGGCCGUGCAGAAGAGCUGAAGAAGAGAGUCAAGUGCAUGGUGCAGGUUUCCGAGGAGCUCCAUGUGGGCUACGCCAAUCUCUACACACGCUUAGGAAAGGGUGCUGAAUCGACACAAGCAACCAUGUCAAAGACAAUCCUUGGAAAAGACAGAACGUUUUGCAACCUCCCCAACAAGAUGCAGGCGGGAGAGUGGCGACCAGCAGUGAACGACAAGGCAGUGGAUGAGACUACUGCACAUACCACCAUAUUUGAAGCGAAAAAUAACCCGGGAUUCGACCAGCUUACAAAGGAUGCUACAGAUUUGAUAUCAACAUGGGUAAAAAACGACUGGCUGAAGAGCAGUGUCGGGACUACAUCAUAA